GUAGCCCAUCCCAGCGGGUGUCGCUGGGCGGAUGGAUUCAUGGGGAAGGGAGCAGUGGCUCAGCUACGUCUACCGCCCUGCGGCGCCGGCCAGCCCCCACUGCCGCGCGGGCACGUUCUCCCGCCAAUGCCAGUGACCGCCCGGCGGCGGCAUGGGGCCCCCUGAGGAGGAGGAGGAGGCAGAACCGGAUUGGCUUUGCCCGCAGCCUGGCGGCCCCGGGAUCCAUGCGGGGCCCGGGAGAGGCUCCCGAGCACAAUGUCAUGACAAGAUUGUACCAGCAGGAAGUAAAGCACAUAGGGUAAUUGUGCACACUGACCUGGACUGCUUUUAUGCGCAAGUAGAAAUGAUCCAUAAUCCAGAAUUAAGAGACAAACCUUUAGGUGUUCAGCAGAAAAACUUGGUUGUUACCUGUAACUAUGAAGCCAGGAAACUUGGAAUUAAGAAACUUAUGUCUAUUAGAGAUGCUAAAGAAAAAUGCCCCCAGAUGGUGCUAGUUAAUGGAGAGGACCUGACACAAUACAGAGAAAUGUCAUACAAAGUUACAGAGCUAUUGGAAGAAUUUAGUCCACUGGUAGAAAGACUUGGAUUUGAUGAAAAUUUUGUGGAUAUCACAGAGCUGGUAGAGAAGAGACUAGUACAACUGCACAGAGAUGGCUGUUCCAAAGUAUCUGUAUCUGGGCAUGUGUAUAAUAAUCAACCUGUCAAUUUAAAUGAUGUGAUGCAUAUAAGACUUCUCAUUGGAUCUCAGAUUGCAGCAGAGAUGAGGGAAGUCAUGUACAAUAGAUUGGGUCUUACAGGCUGUGCAGGAGUGGCUUCUAACAAAUUACUAUCUAAACUAGUAUCUGGAACCUUCAAACCAAACCAGCAAACAGUUCUUCUACCUGAAAGCUGUCAGGACCUAUUAGGCAGCCUCGAUCACAUCAGAAAAGUGCCUGGGAUUGGCUAUAAAACUACCAAGCGUCUUGAGUUGUUGGGUCUCAGCAGUGUGCGUGAUCUACAGACCUUUUCACCUGUAAUACUAGAAGAGACACUAGGAGUUUCAGUUGCUCAGCACAUUCAAAAGCUCAGCUAUGGAGACGAUGACUCCCCUGUGGCUCCCUCAGGACCUCCUCAGUCCCUCAGUGAUGAAGAUUCUUUUAAAAAAUGUUCAUCAGAAGUGGAAGUUGAAAAGAAAAUUGAAGAACUACUUGUUAACCUGUUAGACAGAAUAUCCAAAGAUGGAAGAAAGCCACAUACAAUAAGAUUAACCAUCCGUAAAUUUUCAUCAGCCUAUAAAUGGUUUAAUCGGGAGAGUCGUCAGUGUCCUAUUCCAUCUCAAAUUAUUCAGAAAUUUGGGACAGGAAAUGAUAAUGUACUGACCCCAUUAGUUGGUAUCCUUAUGAAACUGUUUAGGAAGAUGAUAAAAGUGGACGAACCGUUUCAUCUUACCCUUCUGAGUGUCUGCUUCUUAAAUCUUAAAUCUUUGCCUAGUCUCACCAAAGGAUCUAUUGGUUUUUAUUUAACUCAGUCGUCACCCCCUUCAAGUUCUGGCAAAAAAAUGGAAGGUGACCAGGUGAACUCCUGCAAUUUUGUACCAGAUGGAAGAAUUAGAAGUAUAAGAACUAGAGAAUCUUCACUAGAAACUAACAAAUGCAGAGAAGAAACUGGAAUAAAUGUUUGCUUACUUCAUUUGCUUCCUGCUGGCAUUGACCAAGAGGUCUUCAGUCAGCUUCCAGAAGACAUUAAAGGGGAAAUUGUUUCUGGCAAAACUGGGGAAAGAAUCCAUAUAAAGAAUGUUUUGAGUCAGCCAUUACCUUUUUCUCAAGAAGCACAACCAUUCUUAGCUCAAGAAAAAAUGUACUAUUCCCCAAAUUCCAGAGGAGCAGAUUGUACUGUCAGCAGUUCGGAUCUUCCUGAGUAUUCCGAAAGUGCACAAAUGGAUAACUGUAUGGAGAAAAUUCGGAAGGAAGCACUGAAUUUCAAGAGUACUGAUUCAAUUGUAUUGAACUUACAAAGGCAACAACAUUUUCUUCAGUCCCACAGUUCAGACAGCAAAGAACAGCCCAUUGGAACAGCCUCUCAGGAUAAAGAUCAUAGAGAGCAAGCAUCAGAAGAAGGAAGAAUUGUAUUUCCUCCUAACGUUGACCCAAGUAUUUUUUCUGAACUACCCACAGAAAUGCAAAAGGAACUAAUGGCUGAAUGGAAGAAUCUCAAGCCUCUAUCCAAACUGCAUAUGAAUAAACCUGAAAAACUAAAGACAAACAAAGCAAAAAAGAAUGUGGUGUUGUGUUCACCACAGUCUAACAGUUUAUUAAGGUAUUUUAAACCAAAGUGAUUAUUAUAUACAUAAUACAGAGUUGACUGGUGUAAAAUACUUGUGAUAAAAUGAGGACACCAUAAGCCUUGGAGGCAAUACAAUCAUAUUCAUGCAUUAAAGAAAGUUAUUUUAAAGUGUAUUGCAAAAAAAGCAUACAAAAACAGAUUUAAAACUAUAACAAUAAAACUAUUGAUAAUUU